UCUAAGUUAUUGUCCAAAUUCCCUUCAUCUCUCUCUCUCUCUGUUAGGUUCUUGUAAUUUCCAAAAAGAUCCAUUCGCAAUCGGAUCCAAUUUCCAUCCGAGGAAGAUGGACGGAGCUCCGACGACGAGUGGGAGCGGAGUGGGUGCUGGUGCUGGCGGUGGUCCGGCCCCGUUUCUGAUAAAGACGUACGACAUGGUGGACGAUUCGGCGACGGACGAGAUCGUAUCGUGGAGCUCCCACAAGACCAGCUUUGUGGUCUGGAACCCCCCCGAGUUCGCCCGCCUCCUCCUCCCCACCUACUUCAAGCACAACAACUUCUCCAGCUUCAUCCGCCAGCUCAAUACCUACGGCUUUCGAAAGGUUGAUCCUGAGAAAUGGGAGUUUGCCAAUGAAGAUUUUGUGAAAGAUCACAAGCAUCUUUUAAAAAAUAUUCACCGCAGAAAACCCAUUCACAGCCACAGUAACCCUCAAGGUUCUGUGGUGGAUCCAGAAAGAGCAGUUCUUGAUGAAGAGAUUGAGAGGCUUUCGCAUGAAAAAGCUGUACUUGAGGAAAAUGUUAUGAGGUCGAAACAGCAGCAGUCAGCUGCAAAGCUUCAGUUCAAAGAACUAAAGCAACAAGUGGAUAAUAUGGAGCAGAGGCAGGAGAAUUUGCUGACCUCCUUAAAAAAGGCUCUUCAGAACCCUACUUUUGGCGAAAUUCUUGCUCAGAGAAUUGAAUCGAUGGAUUUUUUGGCAUAUAAUAAGAAAAGACGACUGCCUCAAGUUGAUCAGUCACAGCCAGUUGUAGAAAAUAGUUUUCUGGAUAACCAAAGCAGUUCUAGAGAGUUUGGGAAUGUUUUCCGUCAAGAUUUCUCAAAUAAGCUGAGAUUAGAAUUAUCACCAGCUGUUUCGGAUAUUAACUUUGUUUCACAUAGCACACAGAGUUCCAACGAAGAUGGAGGAGGUUCGCAGAAGAAAGUAUCUGUAGAACCAAAAGGUUCACAAAUAAGAACUGAAGGCUUUGGAUUUCCACUUGAAACAUUAGAGCUCUCAGAUACAGGAACGUCUUUUAAUCUUAACAUGGAUUCUACUUUGUCUCGGAAAAUGUCAACCAAUGAAGGCCCAAGGCUCUACUCGUCCCAGCCAUGCUUGGCCUCUAAUGAAGAAGGUGAUAAUCACAUUUCCUUCCAUUUAAAUCUAACUCUGGCCUCUUCUCCAUUGCAAGUCAACAGAAGUCGUUAUUCUGCUAGUAGGAUGCCCCAAGUAGUUGAGGGAAUUCGGGAAUCUCCAGAUUCAAAGUCUAAUGCCAAUGGUAAAGAAUCUGAUACUUUGGCCUUUCCAUUGAGCAGAAAUGAGGCCAAUGAUACAGCUUUGUCUUCCUCUCAAAGGGCCCCAAAUAACAAUGAAGAGCCUGCAGCUGCUCCAGCUAGACCAAAUGAUGUCUUUUGGGAGCAGUUCCUAACCGAAAGACCAGGUUGUUCUGACAAUGAAGAGGCUAGUUCUACAUAUAGGGCAUACCCAUAUGAGGGGCAAGAUGAUGGAGGGUCGGGCGUUGGAAUGUCCCGAAACGCCAAGAGCGUGGAGCAGCUCACGCUUUGAACAUCAAUGUUUCUAUGAGCACAAUGACAACUUACUGAAGGAUACUCCUGUUCUUGCCAUGCUUUGCAAGAUCAAAUAAGAUCGUAUUCAUGGCAGUGCCAUUGUCCUGAAAGGACUGCAUUAACAGUGUGGCAUUGAUGCUAAUGUAAGAAAAAGAUAUUUGGUUGUAUGAUAUACUGAUUUUCUACAUAUGUAUUGGUAAGGCAAUAACCUAUUCUUAAUCUGACAUCAUAAUUAUAUAAUUUUCCUUUAUCUCCA